AUGGCCGCCCAGAAUCAACAACAGCCCAGCGGCGGAAAAGACCACCUCUCCGACCUCGACCGCCACGUCCAGCUCCUUGAGGCCAAGGUCAACCAGCUGCGCACCUCGCUCGAGCACUGGCAGCAGUGGUUCUUCGAGUACUCCGCGCUCAAGGAGGAAGUCGAGCAGCUGCCGCGCGAGAGUGAACAGUCGCGCAUCGAAGCACUCCGCCGUCUCCGCCGCGACUUUGACGGGAAGCUCCUGCAGGGCAAGGAACUGCACGAGAUCUUGGGCAAGCCGGGACACGAUGUCAAGCCGGUUGAGCAUAUCCUGAGCGUGCUGGGCCGCAGGCUGGAUUAUGUGGAGAAGAAUAUUGAGGGGCUGAAUAAGUUGCUAGAGAAGGAGGAAAACAGGCUGGCGGCGGCGAGCGUGGUCGCUAGGCCGGAUUUGGGGACUGAUGAGGCGACGGGGUUGCCCAUUACUGAUAUUAUUGAGGAGCUGGACGAGAAUGAUAAUGUCGUCAGCUCGAGGCUGCAGAGGGGAGGGGAUUUGCAGCCGAGAAUUGUGGAGGCGUUGAAGAAGAUGGGGAUUGAGGAGAAGGAUCUGCCCCAGGAUGAGGAGGAGCUGGAGAAGAGCCAGCCUACGACGCAGGAUGAGGCUAAAGCUAAGGCUGGCGCUGGUGCUACUCAGGCGGGGGGGAAGAAGGGGGUCGAGGACAAGGCUGAGGAGAAUAAGCCUGCUGACGAAGUAAAGGUCUAUGGCCCCGAACCUCCUCCCCAUCCGCCGCAACCUAGGAAAAGGGCGAAGCCCAAAGCUGACGUAUCGGCGCAGAAGACGACGAAUAAUAAGGCGGAGGCCAAGGCUGACAGCCAACCGAAGCGGGCCGAGGCCAACGAAAUCAAUAAGAGCGAUGCGACGCCGUCGUCGAGUUCUCCCCAGAAACUUUCUCAGCCCUCCGAGCCUGCCAGCGCUAAGAAGUCUGUGUCGUUCGCUGCGGAUACCAAGCCCGGCCAUGAGCCUCAGCCUGAGCCCCCUAAGUCGCUAACGGCUCAGCGGCUGGAGAAGCUCAUGCAGCAGGCCCGUGAGCAGGAGAAGAUGGACAUGUCUGACGCAGUCAUCCCGGAGAACGAGUCUCCUGAAGAGGCCAAGCUUCGCCGGGAGAUGCUCGAGUACAGCAUGUCGGAGAUUGGUCCUGUUGUGGCUGAGUUGACUCUGGAAGAGAGUGACUACACGACGGAGAACGAUACGACUGACUGGGAUGACGAGGACGAAAACGAGGAUGAUGAUGACGAUGAUGAUGAUGAGGACGAGCUUGGACGCUCGAAGAAGAGUCCCAUCACCCCGGAGUACAUCCGGCGCAUGCAGGAGCUGGAGAGGCGCCUGGGCUUCCAGUCUCAUUUCUCGGUGAAAAAGAAUGAGACGAAGCCCGAGCCGUUGGCACCGAAAGCGUCGGCACAGCCGCCUCAAAAGGCUGCUCAGCCAGCGAAGAAGCCUGCUAAGCCGAUGGAGGGUCUUGCUCGGAUCUCGGUGGUGUCCGAUGCAGAGAUGUCAGACGCCCCACCGGCUAAGAAGGAGAAACCUAAGGCAAAGGAGAAGCCCAAAGAGGAGAAGCCGAAGGAGAGGAAAAAGAAGAGCGUCAGCUUCGCGUCGAAGCUGGACAUCGCCCCCGAUACCUCGGCUGGCCCGGCCCCUCCGCCACCCAAGCCCAAGCAACGCAAGACUGUUCAUGUCGGCGACAUUGUCGAGAAGGGGGCGGAGGCCGAGCUGCCUGAGUCAUCGGAGUCGACGUCCGAGGGCAUCAUCGACGACAAUGCGCCCCGCCUCCCCGCACACCUGUUCCCGCCUGCCCCCAAGCCUCCCGCACCCCCCAACCCCCCGGAACUGCAGACCGUGGCGCACACGAUCGUCGAGCGGCCUGUGGCCGAGGAGGCAGUCGCCCCGGACGAGCUGGACGACGAGAUUCUGUACAAGGAGGCAGCGGUUGAGUACAACCGGCUGCGCAACAAGCUGAUCAAGCAGCAGGGUGGUUUCACGUCGCAAGAGCGUAUUAUUGACAGCGAGACCGGCCAGGUCGCGCUUGAUGAGGAGCUGGGCGGCCCGAAGCGCGUCAGCAGGUUUAAGGCUGCCCAGCUAGCCAAGCUGCGAUAG